GGUGUGACGUCAUCGAAGUGCGACUGUCGAGGAAAAUGAUGAAAUGUAGACUAAAACUACAAAAUUAUUGUAGUUGUUUAAUUUAGAGUGAAAGGUGAAAUUCAUACUAAACAGAAAAAGUUCAUAUUUGUUGGUUAAUUGGUGAUAGGGAUGCUGUCUUGAGGUACAACCUGGUAUUAAGUUUACUGUCAAGGCACCUAGUUAAUCUGAUGACAUGGCAUCAGACAGUGAUUUAGAGGCUUACUUGAAUCAAUUGAGUAGGAAGACAAACAAAUUAAAACAAGAUAUUAAUGGAGUUGGCUACAUUUCAUCCCGCCCCUCAAGUCCUGAGGAUGAAUUAUCUGACAGUUUAGGUUUACCGGGCAAAAAUAAUUUACAUGCUAGUGGAAAAACGCAAAAGAUUGGUCACUUGGUAACUACUUCUGACAUAACCGCUCUAAGUGAAAAAUACGGCCGACAAACUUCUAAGAAACCUUUACCUCAUGAUGAAUUCAGCAAAAUUGAGAACAAGUACAUGAAAAGUCCUAAGAAAAAGGCUGCAUCAGCAAUAGUUUCUCAGGAAGAGAGACAUGACAGAAAAGCUUUUAAAGAUGAUAAAAUAGUUUCCCAUCCACCGAGAAUGGAGAGCAAAAGGGAAUCCAGGAGCUAUGAUGACUCGUCUGUGGAUGAUGAAUUGGCUAGGUAUCUUAAUGAAACUUCACUUUCAGAUGCAGAUAAGGCUGAAAGGAAAUAUAAUGAUUCACCAAGAAAAUCUGUUUCUGCUACCAGCAGUGUACAAAACUAUAGUGAUGAUGAUGAUGUGCUCAAUCUAGAUAAUAUUAUAACUAUGGAAGAUAUAAUAGGACAGUUGAGUGAGGAUGCUGAUCUAUCAAAAGUUUCACCAAAUGAUACCAGCCCAGAAGAAUAUUCUGACUCACAGAGUGAGGUAGAAGAAGUUGUGAGAAAUAAAGUAACUAAAGGAAGAGCAAGCUCAACCAGGAAAAAAUCUGUUGAUGUGAGAGAGGAUUUCUCCUCACCUUCUAAAGACAACCCUUCUGGAAGCUCUGAAGUUUUCAAGAAAUUGAUGAGGAAGUCUAGUGUAAGUCUUUUUUACCCAGAUGCUGAAGUGGAGGAAGAUGAUCGUAGUGUAGACAAAUUAGAAGGAGUAUUGUUCACAGAAUUUUCCAAAAAUGUGUUUCACUCUUCUAGACGAAACUCACUAAUAGUUCCAGGGAUUAAAAGGAAAAGUAGUUCAAAAUCUUUAGUCUCUCUAUCUGUUCAGGAUCAGGUAGAUGAAGAUGUUAAUAGUUCAUCUAGUUAUAAUAGUGCCGAGAGUGUAAUUGAAAAAUUAUCUAUUCCCUGUGAAAGUAGUAUUGCAGAAUCUGUUGCGGAAAAAAACAGUAGUGAUAAUGUUGUCAGCAAGUACAGUGAAGAUUUUGAAGAAUCCAAUAAUGAAAGUUUGUUCAAGAAUGAAGCUGUAAGAACUGUUGCGGAAGAAAGGAGAAGUUUAUCUAAAGUUAUACCACAAGAAGCAAUAUCUAGGAAAUCAGUAAUUGAAGGAGAAAAGAGAAAUAUGCCUUCUGACAACUCAGUAGGUGGUAGCAGUCACAAAAAUAAAAAAAAAGCUAUCACAAAGGAAGUCUCCAAAGCAUCCAGUGAUGGUAAGGAAUAUGGCAUUGUAAAAGCACGCAAUAAAUCCCACAAAGAGACAGAUAAACCUGACAGAAAGUCUGCAGGAAAAUCAACACAGAAAAGCAAUAGGGAAGAAAAAAUGAGAUCCUCAUCGUCCUCAUCUUCAUCUUCCUCUUCUUCCUCUUCCUCUGAUUCAUCAUCAUCCUUGUCCUCUUCCUCUUCUUCAGGAAGAGAAUCUAGGAAGAAGAAUAGAAGGAAACAAAAAAUUAGAUCCUCUUCCCCAUCAUCAUGCAUUUCAGUAAACCAAAAGGAUGUCUACAGAAAACAUAAGAAAAGGAAGCACAAGAGGAACAAGUACAUGUAUAACCCUUUGGAUGUAGGUCCUUACAUGUAUCCAUGGUGGUGGGUUCACAGUCACCAACACAGUUCACUUGCAGCAGCAGGUUCUUUUCCACUUCUACAUCCAAGACCGGUGGAAGGCUGGGGGUCUGUAAGUGGAUUUGUGGGAGUGGCUGAUAUUUUGAGGCAGCAAGUGGCAUUAACAAGGCAGUUCAUGGAUAGCCAACAAGCGUUAUAUCAUGCAUACACGGCUACUCUUACUUCAUCUUAUCGAUAUACAAGUUUGAAGGAUACUGAACAGAUAUGCUUGCACCAAGGUUUUGUUGAUAGACAUGAUACUAGCUUCCUCGUACUCCAAGCAACACUGUACAGUUGUAACCUAAAACUGCCCCACACUUGAGUGAACAAUCUGUCAACACAAAGGCAUCAUCAGACUUGAAUGAUAGACUCUUAAACACAAUCACCUGUGUUAUGUCUCCUUUCUCAUGAAAUAACAAAAUCCUUUUAGAAUGCUUCCUCAAAGUCAGUAGUUUCUUCUUACUUCAUUUGCUAAGUCUAUUCUGCAUUAAUAACUAGCUGCCACUUUCCAAUGAGGGCACAAUUCUGGGUUGCAACCUUCAGAUAGCAAACUUAAAUAAAAAUCAACCAAGUCUGACCUAUACAAUCCUCACAGUUGGGUGGCCCUCAUACUUCAAUUUAGACACUCGACUUGAGCAAUCCUUUGCUCAUCAAAUUCUAAUUGAAGUCUCAGAUGAUGUCACUAACAACAAUAUUUUACCACCUUCCAAUAACACCACUCUAAGAAAUAGCCUCUAACAAUAACAGCAAAGUAAAGAAUGACUGGCAAAUGGGAAACACUAGAGUUACCUGCAAGUUAAGAAGUAGAAAAUGGACAGCCUACCAACCCAGCCAUUUGUAACUUUUAGAUUCCUUUUUGCUGCAUGAUAAAAUUCUAACUAGAAGAAUGUUUGGUAAGGUUUAUUGAAGUACUGUACAUAGAAUUAUCUAGAAUCUUGAAAAUUUCCCAUCGGAAUUUUCUACAAUGUAUUUCAGUUAAUUAUUUAAAGAAAAAUCAUAUCAAGAAAAUAGAUAUGGAGUUGGAAAAUGUACAGAAACAGGAGUAAAGAAAUAAUAGAACAAGAUGAAGCCUUGCAUGAUGAGGGGCUCAGAGCUAAUACAGGGAUCCUCUUCCAAGAGUGAAUCAGUGCCAGCUGAUUUUUGUAUUUGCCUUCAGAUGCAAUUUUGUACUUAUUACAUUUUAAAUAGAACUUCUAUAAACUGAUUAUAGUGUGAUAUGAACUUUAUUUGAAGCUGGCAAUAGGGGGCCUAUUGCUUUUCAUAUUGAUGUAGUGAUCAUGCAUAUGCACUGCCACAGUUUGUAUGGUGAUCAUGUAAUCAAUUACCAGUCUUAGGAAUCUGAUAUUUCUUAGCAUUUUGUUCUUAAAUCUUUGCCCUGGAAUGUAGACACACUAAGUUAAGGUAUAUGUGUGGAAGUGAUAAUUCUAUAAGAUUUUACAAAAGAUAAUAAAUGAUUAAAUUAAAUGAUUAAUAGAUGUUGUAAAUGGUUAGGGUAUUGUAGUAGAUUUUUUUAAAGAAAAAUAGAGGGUUGCCUAAGCAGUCAGUUGUUGAACCAUCUAUCGACUAACAAUGGAUUUGCAUUUUACUUUUGUUUCUUGAUUAUCUUUGUUGUCUUAUUACUAAUAUGUACAUUGCAGAUACAUAGUUAUUAAGUUUUUAAUUUUUAUUUUUUCUAGUAUAUUAAGAAAAAGAAACAUCCAUUAACUUUCGAUGAAGCCUACAGACUUGUAAAAGAAGAAAUGAAGUCUUCCAAAAAUAAAG